AUGGAGUCUGUGGUGUCUGAGCUAGAAGGCACGCUUCUGAAGGACUCGGAUGCGUUCUCCUAUUUCAUGCUGGUGGCGUUUGAAGCAUCGGGUUUGCUUCGUUUUGCCUUGUUGCUAGCACUAUGGCCUGUGAUUCGGUUCCUUGAUACGGUUGGCAUGAACGAUGUGUCUCUCAAGUUGAUGAUCUUUGUGGCUGUGGCUGGGGUUCCGAAGUCUGAGAUUGAGUCUGUGGCCAGGGCAGUUUUGCCCAAGUUCUACAUGGAUGAUCUUGACAUGGAGAAGUGGAAGGUGUUCAGCUCCUAUGAAAAGAGGGUUGUGGUUACCAAGACCCCAAAAAUCAUGGUGGAGAUGUUCGUGAAGGAGCAUCUACGUGCAGAUGAGGUUGUUGGGACUGAACUCUCCUUCAACAGGUUUGACCUUGCUACUGGUUUUGUCCAUGGUGACUCCAGUAAUACCAUUUCUGAAAGAGUUGCCAACCUUUUCAACAAUGGCGCGCCCACUUUGGUUAUGGAUCAAUCACAUCCAUCAGUUUUGACAGGCCGAAACUACGACCACCAGCUGCUCCGGCCACUUCCGGUGAUCUUCCACGACGGCCGCCUUGUGAAGCGGCCAACACCGUCCACCUCCCUACUAAUCCUCCUUUGGAUUCCGGUGGGCAUUGUACUCGCCAUAAUCCGCAUCGCCAUGGGCUCCAUUCUACCCUUUUGGGCCAUUCAUUACAUGUCAAGGCUAUUCGGUGGCAAGGUCAUCGUAAAGGGCAAACCACCCCUCCCUCCCUCCGGCAGCAGCUCGGGCGUCCUCUUCGUCUGCACCCACCGGACCCUAAUGGACCCCGUUGUCCUAUCCUCCGUCCUCCACCGAAGAAUCCCCGCUGUCACGUACUCCAUCUCUCGGUUAUCGGAGAUCCUCUCCCCCAUCCCCACCGUGAGGCUCACGAGAACACGCGACGUAGACGCCGAGAAAAUCAAACGAGAGUUAUCCAAAGGUGACUUAGUAGUUUGUCCCGAAGGAACAACGUGUCGGGAGCCUUUCCUUUUGAGGUUCAGUGCUCUCUUCGCUGAACUCACUGACCGGAUAGUGCCGGUGGCCAUGAACUACAGGGUAGGGUUCUUCCACGCAACAACCGCGAGGGGUUGGAAGGGUUUGGACCCCAUUUUCUUCUUCAUGAACCCCAGACCGGUGUACGAAGUUACCUUCUUGAACCAGUUGCCGGUUGAAGCCACUUGUUCUUCGGGGAAGAGUCCACAUGACGUGGCUAACUACGUGCAGAGGAUAUUGGCGGCGACGCUAGGGUUUGAGUGCACGAACUUCACGCGGAAGGAUAAGUACAGGGUAUUGGCGGGGAAUGAUGGCACUGUGUCUCCCACUUUUUCAUUCGUGGAUCAGAUGGUGAAGGUGGUGAGAACGUUCAUACAGUGA